UUUUCCAAACGUUUUGUUAGGUUUUUUUUUUUUAUAGAUUUUGCAUAAUGGACGAGCUGCAGAAAUUGGAGUACAUCUCGAUGGUAUCAAAGGUUUGCACUGAGCUUGAUAAUCACCUGGGCAUCAAUGACAAGGACCUGGCCAAGUUUAUAAUCCAUUUGGAGCACAAGCAUCAGAGCUAUGAGUCUUUUCGAAAGGCUCUUUUGGAAAAUGGUGCCGAAUUCUCCGAUUCCCUUGCCCAGAAUUUACAGCGAAUCAUCAAUUUAAUGCGGCCCAAACGUGUGGCCGGUGAUACCAGGUUUGCUAUGUAUGGAAACAGUAACAAAAAUGAAAAGAAAUCACAGUUAAUGAAAAUGUUUCCUGGUUUAGCGUUGCCCAAUGAGAAACACAGCAGCAGGAAGGAUGAGAGUAAGUUAAAUGUUAAUAGAAAUGAAUUAAGCGCCGUGGAUGCGGCUAUGAUGGAAUUGGAAGCUCUGGAAGGCAAGCGGCGAAAUCGUUCCAGCUCAAGAGAGCGAUGCAAACGCAAAGUGCGUAAUUGCAAUCAAAGUAAUAAGAAGGAGAAUGAACGUCACCGCCGUCGCAGUAGAUCACCUAAUGAUCGUCAAUGGAGAAGCGACGGUUCCCUAUUUCGAAACUUUGAGAAGCUGCCUCCACCAGCAACUGUACUAUCUGAUGAUCCCGAGUCGGGAAAAAUCUAUUCCGGCAAAGUGGUCAACAUAGUGCCCUUUGGUUGUUUUGUGCAACUGUUUGGUCUGCGCAAGCGUUGGGAGGGAUUAGUCCACAUCUCACAGCCGCGCCGCAAUCAGACAGUUAAAGUAAAAGUCAUGUCCUUGACGGGCCAAAAGGUGUCGCUGUCUAUGAAGGAAGUGGAAGUGGACCAGGAUCUUAAUCGCGAUCUUAAUCCGCAUUCCCAUUCACCCGAGGACGAUGAGAUAUCAUUGAGAGAUUGCAAUCCGGAUGGACCCUACGCAAGCACCUCCUCUAUACUCAACCUGCAGGGGAACAACAUUGACGGUGAUGAACACGAAUCCCGCAAGCGGGUGACGCGCAUCUCGAGUCCAGAGCGAUGGGAGAUCAAGCAAAUGAUUAGUUCGGGUGUACUGGAUCGCAGUGAAAUGCCCGACUUUGAUGAGGAGACGGGAUUGUUGCCCAAGGAUGAGGACGAUGAGGCGGAUAUUGAAAUAGAAAUCGUAGAGGAGGAACCACCAUUCCUCUCCGGCCAUGGACGUGCCCUACAUGACUUAUCCCCUGUGCGCAUCGUUAAGAAUCCAGAUGGUUCCUUAGCCCAAGCUGCUAUGAUGCAAUCUGCGCUCAAGGAACGUCGCGAGCAAAAAAUGCUGAGAGAACAGGAAAUGGAGGCAGUGCCAAGUAAUCUUAAUAAGAACUGGAUUGAUCCGUUGCCUGAGGAUGAUACGUCUCGGCAUCUGGCAGCCAAUAUGCGUGGCAUGGGCGCGGCACCACAGGAAGUGCCCGAGUGGAAGAAGCACGUGAUUGGCGGGAAGAAAUCCUCGUUUGGCAAGAAGACGGAUCUAACGUUGGUGGAACAGCGACAAUCGCUGCCCAUUUACAAGCUGCGAGACGAUCUCAUCAAGGCUGUCACGGAUAACCAGAUUCUGAUAGUGAUUGGUGAAACGGGCUCCGGAAAAACCACACAGAUCACUCAGUAUCUCGGUGAAUGCGGAUUCACGGCCAGAGGCAAGAUCGGAUGCACACAGCCACGUCGUGUGGCCGCCAUGUCAGUGGCAAAGCGAGUAGCUGAGGAGUACGGUUGUCGUCUGGGUCAGGAAGUGGGAUACACAAUUCGUUUUGAGGAUUGCACUAGUCCGGAAACGGUCAUCAAGUACAUGACUGACGGCAUGUUACUCCGCGAGUGUCUCAUGGAGGCGGAACUGAAGACCUACUCGGUUAUCAUGUUGGAUGAGGCCCACGAACGUACAAUUCACACGGAUGUGCUUUUCGGUCUACUGAAGACUGCGGUACAGAAGCGUCCUGAACUCAAGCUGAUUGUUACCUCUGCGACUCUGGAUGCGGUCAAGUUCUCGCAGUAUUUCUUUGAGGCUCCAAUCUUCACGAUACCAGGACGCACAUUUCCUGUAGAGGUGUUGUACACGAAGGAACCUGAAACGGACUACUUGGAUGCUUCUUUGAUCACCGACAUGCAGAUUCAUCUGCGUGAACCGCCAGGCGACAUUCUUCUUUUCCUAACCGGUCAGGAGGAGAUUGACACCGCCUGCGAGAUAUUAUAUGAGCGUAUGAAGAGUCUCGGCCCAGAUGUGCCGGAGCUGAUUAUAUUGCCGGUGUAUUCAGCACUUCCCUCUGAGAUGCAGACACGCAUCUUUGAUCCGGCUCCCGCUGGGAGUCGCAAGGUGGUCAUAGCCACGAAUAUAGCGGAAACCUCUCUCACCAUCGAUGGCAUUUUCUAUGUGGUCGAUCCCGGCUUUGUCAAGCAGAAAGUCUACAAUUCCAAGACGGGCAUGGACUCGCUGGUGGUCACCCCUAUUUCACAGGCAGCAGCUAAACAGCGAGCAGGUCGUGCUGGACGCACGGGACCAGGGAAAUGUUAUCGCCUGUACACGGAACUUGCUUAUCGGGAUGAGAUGCUGCCAACGCCAGUGCCGGAGAUACAGCGUACCAAUCUGGCCACCACAGUGCUGCAGUUGAAGACGAUGGGAAUCAAUGACCUGCUGCAUUUCGACUUCAUGGAUGCCCCACCAGUGGAGUCGCUUGUUAUGGCCUUGGAGCAGCUUCACUCGCUCUCGGCUCUCGAUGACGAGGGUCUGUUAACGCGACUGGGACGACGCAUGGCAGAGUUUCCCCUGGAACCGAAUCUAUCAAAAAUGCUCAUCAUGUCUGUGGCGCUGCAAUGUUCCGAUGAGAUUCUUACAAUUGUAUCCAUGCUCAGCGUGCAGAACGUUUUCUACAGACCCAAGGACAAGCAGGCACUGGCCGAUCAGAAGAAGGCCAAGUUCAACCAAGCGGAAGGUGACCAUCUGACGCUACUGGCAGUUUACAACAGCUAACAUGCCUGGUGCUAUGAGAACUUUGUGCAAAUACGCACAUUGAAACGUUCGCAGGAUGUGCGCAAGCAGCUCCUGGGUAUCAUGGAUCGACACAAGCUGGAUGUGGUCUCCGCAGGCAAGAACUCGGUGCGUAUACAGAAGGCCAUAUGCUCGGGUUUCUUUCGUAAUGCGGCCAAGAAGGAUCCACAAGAGGAAUAUCGCACCCUGGUCGACUCACAAGUGGUCUAUAUACAUCCAUCGAGCGCACUGUUCAAUCGACAGCCGGAAUGGGUGAUCUAUCACGAACUGGUGCAGACAACCAAGGAGUACAUGCGUGAGGUGACUACAAUUGACCCCAAAUGGUUGGUGGAAUUUGCUCCGUCGUUCUUUCGCUUCUCGGAUCCAACCAAGCUCAGCAAAUUCAAGAAAAAUCAACGACUGGAGCCUCUAUACAACAAAUACGACGAACCAAAUGCUUGGCGUAUAUCUCGAGUUCGUCGACGACGCAAUUAAGUUGCAUUAGGCAUUUUUAAUAUGUUGUUUAACUAAUUUAUUAGGGUUUUAUGUAAAUAGGUGACUGUUUGCAAUAAAGCGCUUAGCCACUUUCCACAGAA